CAAGUCAUGUGACUAUACCCUACACAGGAGUAUACAGUUCUGUAUUAUGGUCAGAGAAUAAAUUCAACCCAUAAAAUCUCCCUAUAUAUAAAUAAAAAAAUUGGACAAAAAAAAGGUUGAAAAGCAGAUGAUUUGAGCGCCACGGAAUCAGAUGAGAUGAGCGACCCGGAAACCGUGUUGCAUUACGGUUCCAUUACCGUAACACUGCGACUACAGGCGCAUGCGCACCGGAAAGUUUGACUCGGUUGCCUGGAGGCGCUGAAAAUCAUGAGAUGUGAGAUUUCUCUCCCCGAGUUUUGUAUUAUAUCUCGAAGGUGCACCAUUAAUGCAUUGCUAGAUCUAUGAUUCCAUUCUACAGAUGUUCAAUCCUCAUCAAUAAUAAUAACCAUACUAAUGUAAUGCAGAGGAAUGGUUAUUUCUUCCAAACCAGAACAUCUGACUCCAUCAUCAAACCAGAGAGUGCAGGACUGAAGGAUUCUGUAUCAUCUGAUGGCGUUCUGCUUAGCUGAGCUAACCCUGUGGUCCUCAAGGAGCAGUCUGAAUGUGCAAGAUACGGAUGUCGGUACAUUCCAAUAUUAUGAGAAGGGAGAACCUGUCUUUCCUGCAGAUCAGCAUUACUACAGUGAGAAGCAGCAUUUUGCUGAAACACGAGGUUACCCAUGGUUCCUGAGUAAGCGUCGUCCAGAGAGGUUGAGGGAUGCCCUCAAGGAACUGGAGGAGUUGUUACAGUCUAAUACCUGUGUUUGUACCAAAUGGAGGACAAAGCAUUGCUGUCAGAUGCUGCUGAGCUCAGGUGUGUUAGUGACCCUCACUCUGAGUGGAUCUCAGUUAGAGAGAGUGGGCAUCGACAAAACAUUGGUGGGACGACUACCCGCUGACACCAUCAGUCACGCGGUGAUUGGUGAGCGCUUUAUCCUCCUCUCAUUGGUGGAAAAGAGCCAGGUGUGUCAGGUGUACUUUGGUAGGCGGAACCAGAGUUCACCUGAGCUUUCAUCACGCCGUUUGGAGAAGCUCUCAGGUGCUGACAUUAAGGUCUCAUCCUUGGAGCUGGCAGGAGGAGGCGGUCGGCGUACGAGCAGGCGCGUGGCACUGAACCGUGCACAGGACGUGGGUGUGUGCUGGUGGCAAGGCAGCCAUGACGAAGUGUGGCCUUGGUCACCGGUGCCCAGUGCCUCAGAGCGGGCCAAUCUGGUUCUGCUUGGAUUUUCAGAAAGCCCCGGACUUAUGGUGCUGAGCUCCAUACGCACCAGUGGCGAACCUUUGGACUGUUGCUUCAGCUUGACCCAACCCUACCAGAUCCUCACCGUGGAGCUACACAAGGAGGUCCACAGCUCCACUGCAGAACUUCAUGAGGAGGCCAAUCGUUCCAACAUGAAUUUUCAUGAGGAUUCCCGAAUUGCUCAAACAUGUGUGUAUGAGUGCACUCGAGGACGUUUGCAGCGCCUCUCAGCUACAGCUUUACCUUCUGUUCCUGUGUCCUGGUGCCGUGACCCAAGUGAGCGUUGGCUUCUGCUGGGUCUCCAGGACUCCUCUGUGCUGCUUCUUCACACUGAAACUGGCCUUCAGACUCGUGUCACCUGCCCUAUGCUCCCCUCUCUACUGGUAUGGCACCCAGAAGGAGGUUUGAUUGUAGUGGCUGGGGGUCAGGGUGAGCUGCAGUGCUUUGAUUUAGGGCUCAGUCCUCUCCGACUACAGCUCGUGUUUGAGGAGGAAGUCAUCGGGACAAGUCUGCAGCUGGCUAAGCAUGUAAAAAUCCCCGGUGGGUUGGAGUGUGUGGAGUGGGCACACUCAUCUAUGUCACAGGGGGCCGAGGGGCUUGAAGUGCAUGAUCUCCUGAUGCUCAGGUUCCACAGAGGUCCAAUGGCUGCUCUGAAACUCAGACUAGGUGUACUGAAUGGGGCCCAGCUGGGAGCAGGUGAACUUCUGCAGCAUCGUCUGCGCUGUGGAGAGGUGGACGCUGCAAUAGGCAUUCUGGGUAAUAUGGACUGGUGCAUGAUGGGAGCAGACUGCUUUCGCGGUCUCAUCUCUGUGACUGAUCACCUGCUCAGAAAACCCCUGAACGAGCAGACGGAAGCUCAGUUAGAAGCCACUUUGGGGAUGUUCUACUCUCCAUCCAGAGCUUUAACCGACACAGUCAUACUGGAGUUUCGAGACCCCAUCAGCCGCUACGCACGAAGAUUCUUUCAUCACCUGCUUAGGCACCAGCGCUUUGAGAAGGCUUUCCUCUUGGCUUUGGACAUCAGAGCUCGAGACCUGUUCAUGGACCUACAUUAUGUGGCACGGGACAACGGGGAACCCGUGUUGGCCAGCGUGGCCCAACGGAAGGCUCAGGAGCUGGAUGUGGAAGAGGUCACAACCUCUGACCAAGAGGAGUCCCAGCACACAGUUAAACAGAACGAAGUGUCUCUCUCCCCCAUUAAAACACAUCCAGAAUGGACCAACCAUGGUAAAGCACGCAAGAACACAAGAGUUGACUCCAAGAGAAAGAUGGACAGGGAGAGGGGAAAAGACCUUGCUGAGACAACGGUAAAUCCCAGCCUCUGGCCCUGGACUCAAACAGAAUUCACACUAAACCACCAGAAAGAUCAGGUGUCAAAAGACCCCAGGAAGCUGGAAGUCAUUCAUUUUGGCAUUGUAUAAACACUGGAUAUUAGUUUCUAUUAUUAUCUAAUUGUGUAACUGUUUAUUAGUUGCAACAAUGUGAUGAUAUUGUUUAAAGAAUGAAGUGUCUUUAGAAUUGAAGUGUCUCAGGACCAGCGUUUAUACUUGUAGCCUUGUGGAUUGGAGUUCAUUUCAGCCACAAAGAUCAUUUUGGACAGAGGGUAUUUUACAGAUAUACAUUUAAAGCAUAAUUACUAGAAUUUUUUCCCCAUUCUUAUUUUUAAUAAAAGUGCUUCUAACUGUA